GCCUCGCCUACUGGGUGGUCGCGAAAUUGGUUAAGAGUUCCUGCGUGCAAGUGAUGGCCCACUGUGGUGGGGAGUUCGUGCGCGUGCGGUGCUGCUCCACUUUGUCGCUCGUGACGAAGGGAAAGGCCUAGAGGGAGAAGGUAGUGAUGAGGUAGAGACAGCGCGAGACUGAUGCUUGUUUUUAAAGUGCACUCCUGCCUCUCUCUCUCUCUCUCUCUCUGUCUCUCGCGCGCCCGCGCGCGCUCUCUCCUCGUCUCCUGCCGCAGUCACUUUGAAACUUUGGGAAACUAAACAUGGAGCUGUUUUGCCACGAAAAGGAAGGAGUCGUCAGGGCUCUGGUAGACCCCACCAUUUUCAGCGACGACAGAGUGCUGCAGAGUUUACUGACAAUCGAGGACAUGUUUCUCCCACAAGCCCCGUAUUUUCAGCGCGUGCAGAAAGACCUGCAGCCCUACAUGAGGCGGGUAGUCGCUACUUGGAUGUUGGAGGUUUGUGAAGAAGAGGGCUGUGAGCAAGAAGUUUUCCUUUUGGCUGUCAAUUACCUGGACCGGUAUCUUUCUGUAGUGCCAACGAAAAAGUCGUGUUUGCAGCUUCUCGGUGCCGUGUGCCUCUUCCUGGCGUCCAAACUGAAAUCGUACCAGCCGUUAUCCGCGAAAAAACUCUGCCUUUACACGGAGAACUCCAUCACAUGUCAGGAGCUGCUGAACUGGGAGCUGAUGGUUCUGGGAAAAUUGAAGUGGAACCUGGCAGCUGUUACACCUCACGACUUCAUAGAGCAUAUCCUACGCAAGCUACCCUUACCUGAGGGCCGAGUGGAGCUGAUUCGAAAACAUGCACAGACUUUCAUUGCCCUUUGUGCCACAGAUCACAGCUUUGUGAUGUACACUCCCUCGAUGAUCGCCACAGGGAGCAUCGGCGCAGCGGUGUGCGGACUCCAGAUCAACCGUACGGAGAGCAGUGUCUGGGGGGAGAGCACGACUGAACUGCUGGCCAAAAUCACCCACAUUGAAGUAGAAUGUCUGAAGUCAUGUCAGGAGAAGAUCGAGCAAUUGCUGGCUAGCAGCCUCCGACAAAGCCAGCAGCCCAAGCAUCAGAAGGGCAGGGCCAUCAACAAAGAGGCGGAGCCUCAGAGCCAGUCAUGCACCCCGACAGACGUGCGCGACAUCAAUUUAUGAUGUCAUUUCUUCCCCACACCCAGCAGAAUUCUUUAAUCGGGGAGGAAAAAGCAAUUACUGUUAUAUAUAUAUAUAUAGAUAUAUAUAGAUAUAUAGAGAUAUAUAUAGAUAGAUAGAUAUAUAUAGAUAGAUAAAACUUAAAAAUCUAUAAUAUAUUCAGACAGCUAAACGGCACAGAAUUUAAUGCGGUAUCAGAAGUACACAAAUGACCAGUGAAACAAUAUUUCAGAAAUUAAUGGUUUUUAAAAAAAAAAAAAAAGUAGAAAA